AUGCUUUCAGCCAUGAAGGUGCCCAGAACGCCAGCCGCGACAAGACGUGAACGGGCACAGCCGCUUCGAUCUCUAAACGCCGUGCCACUGCUGAAACGUUAUUCGUCUCAAUACUCACAACCCAACCUCAUCUCAGAUUCCCAGUCCAGAGAAAGGAACCAAAAGCGCGGCUCAUUGGCACUCGGUUCACCGGCUGGCUCAUGUACGACACUGCAACCCGCGCCUGCGCACUAUGCCCAGCCCCCGGCAGCCGCGCCUGCGCGCUGCGCUCAUCCGCCGGGAGCCGCGCCUGCGCACUGCGCUCAGCCCGCGGGGGGUCCCGGCUGUGCGGAGACUGAGGCCCAGGUUCCGAAAACACAGUCCAAAAUUCAAUUCAACUCUCACUACUCUCUACUGACCAUCACCAUCAUGAGGUCCCAGUUACCAUUCAGCAUUUGCCAUUUUCAGCAGACUUGCUGGAACCAACUCCCAGAAAGUGCAGCUGAACGGUCAUUUAUAAAAAUACUCUGGACUACAAUGAAGCCAGUGGUUGAGGUAUCUGAUUCCAAGGUCUAUCACUGGGGCUUAGAAUUUCCACUGACAGGUUCCCACCUCAUUGGGAAGGGCAGGCAGGAUGAUACAUCAGUUCUGGCAAAGGAAGGAAUUGUAAUGAAAAGGAAUCCUAUGCAGAUCAAACAACUAAUGGACUUUCAUGCUGGUAACCAGGAGCUCAAAGUAGAAUGUCGCAAUUUAAUGACACACACAGAACACGACUUGUCAACGGACAUCUUCCUUUCAAAGUCCUAUGAUGUCUUCCCCAAUUCCUUCUCAUCCAUUGUACACUUCUGUCACACAUCAGUAAACAGACCAUCCUUAAGUAAAAAUGUUAUAUUUCAAACAUAUUGAAAAGGGAACAUGGACAUACCCUUAAAUAACACCACAAUAGCUGGUAUCCCAUCACCAAGUCACCCUUUAUUUAUACAUGGAAUGUCCUUGACCCUGAUCUAGCCUCCCCAGAGCCAGUUCAGUUAAUACAUUUUUUUUUUGCAACUUGCAUUAACUUGAUUAUCCUGCUUUCUAUAAUCAGAAUUUUCUAAUCCAGAAGAUAACUCUAGGAGAAAGACAAUUAAAAUGUAAAUGUAUCAAAAAUAUGUUUUUUUAAUAUCCACAGUCAGUACAUUUAAAUAGCUUUUGUGUAAAGCUAUAAAAGUGUCCAGGAGGACCAUUAGUGAGUGCUUUGAUAAUACGAUUGGAUAUCUCACUCCAGUUAUUUUCCACUCUGUAUCAAACCCAAACAUUAUCUCUGUGGCUAGUCCUGAGCCAAUUCUUAGAUCUUUGAUAGAAAGUAGAAGCCACUUUUCAGAAAAGCUUAAGUCAAACAUAAAAGUUGCCAUGGACAAAAGGAAAAUAUUUACAUCUCAAAACAUGUUGUCGAGUAUAACUGGAUCCAGACAGCUAGCAUCCAAUAAGAGUGGAACAUGCGUAAGCUCGGGGAAUUGCAUGUGGAGGAUCAUUUAAGAUAUAUCUGUUUAUCUCUUCAACUUUUAAAAAGUAAUUUUCUCAAGAAAGCGGGCUUUGUCCUGUGGGCCAAAAGUACAUAUUCUGGAACUAGAAGGAUAGAUAUUUGUUUGUAAUUGAAUUAGUAGGCAUCCAAUAUUGGACCAGUUACAUUACACAGGAAAACCACAGACACUGACUAGGCAUCCCCAGGUAGUUCAUUGGUGAGGAGGCUUCUAAUAGGUCACAUCAGGGUAACCAAAGCUGUUGGGCUGCUUACUUGUACAUGUACAGGGCCUUCAUCCAGUUUCAGACAUCGCUGCCAUAUGCCCAUUGUUUGUCUACACAAAUGCAGCAGGUUAAAUAUUUUCAGUUUGUAAUUGCUCUCCUCUUAUGGAAACUUUAACUCGUCUAAAACUCUGCUAAUUGGGUUCUCUCCUGCAUUAAACCCUGUUCAUCCUUUGCACUUGUUCUUGCUGAUCUGCAAUCCCUAUCUGUUUCACAAUGGAAUUUAAAUUUGUAUCCUCACUUAAAAAUUCCCUGUAGACUCACGCCACCUCAUUUCUGCAAAUUUGCCAAACUACAAACUUCCUUUAUGUAUCCACCUCAACUAUUCUUCACUUGUUGCCAUUAUCUUGCCUUCACUUGCUGCAAUGCCCUCACUGAAUCUUUGUCAGUGUACUGUAGCUACGUCUUUAUUAACUUUGCAGAUAUUUUUCAUUCAAACUGUCUGUCUCAUCCCAUGAGAUAUUCUCUCAUGCACUUUCAUAGUACUUUUAGGAAUGUAAUAAAAAUUCAUGUUAAUACAGCAUAUUGCAAUACAUUUGUUUCAUACUGGAUCCCUGAAAUUGAUUUUUACAGAGAUUUUGUAAAACUUGAGUAAUUACCUAUCUGUGUCAUACUCCUGCCUCUGAAUCUAAAAAAAAAAUGUGGGUUGAAAGAUCAUUCUAACAGCUGACAUGUCUUCUAGGCUGACACCUCAUCUGUAGGAACUGGUGAUGUAAGUUUAAAUUAGGACAUUUUCUGCUUAUUAUGUGAACAUAAAAAAGACCCAUGAACAUUAUUUGAAGAAGUGCAAAAAGUUCCCUUUACCUUUAAUUGUCCUUCAAUUAAUAACCACCAAAAUAGGUUAACUUUUCAUUCACUCACUUGCAUUUCUUGAUGCUUGUUGUGUAUAAAUUGGUUGCCAUAUUGGCCAAUGUAACUUUCACUUGCUGCAAUGCUGAGAUGUUAUAUUACAAACUGAAUUUAUUUAAUUGAAGUACUUUUGAAUGUCUUUACAGAUGUGAAAACAGUUUUUUUCCUUCUUUUUGAAACAGCCAAAACAAAAGGAAGAUGAAGGUAUUACUCUGUAGAUUCUUGGGGCUGGUGCUAAGUAUCUGGAGAU